AUGAACGGCCUCAGCUUUGAACGGGCCAAGGCCCUCCGGGAGCCCAGCGCGGACCGCGCAACGAUGCACUUUUCGCGCCUCAGGGGCAUCAAGGGCCGCCCCGGCCAGCAGCAGGGCCAGCAGCAACACCACCACCGCUCUGCCGUCUCGGCGCUCAGCCGCGUCCGCAGCAGCAGCAGCAGCAGCACGAGCAGCGGCGGCUUCAAGCAGUCGUUCCAAAACGUGUCGGCCGUGACGGACGCCUCGACGCAGUACGCCAUCCAGUGCGGCUGGGACGGCGUGCCCGUCUGGCUGCUGGUCGACACGGGCAGCUCCGACACGUGGGCGACGCAGACGGGCUUCGAGUGCGCGGACCUGGGCGGCGACGCGCACAGCGAGGCGGCGUGCGGCUUCUCGCGGCCGCUGAUUGACGGCUUCGGCGGCGGCCAGAUCGACGACCUGCACUUCUUCCUCAAGUACGGCUCGGGCGAGCGCAUCUCGGGCCCGAUGGGCUACAGCGACCUGUCGUGCGGCGGCGUCGCCGUGGCCCGGCAGCAGGUCGGCCUGGCCAACAGCACCUACUGGCACGGCAACAACGUCACCGUCGGCAUCCUGGGGCUGGCGUACCCGGCCAUCACGAGCGCCUACUACGGCGACGUCGGCUCCGAGGCGCCCUGGAACGCAAUGAGCUACACGCCCUUCCUGACGAGCGCCAUCAGCCAGGGAGCCAUCGAGCCGCUCUUCAGCGUCGCCCUCGUGCGCAACUCGACCGACGGCGUCAUUGCCUGGGGCGGGCUGCCCCCCAUGGACUGGCAGUUUCACGGCUUUGCCAAGACGGAUCUGAUUGUGGCAAACCUCAUCGGGUCGCCCGAGACGGCGUGGAAGCACUCCUUCUACACGAUUGUGCCCGACGGCAUGAAAUGGGACCAGACGACGGACACGACCAAGUAUCCAUACAUUGUCGACACGGGCACGACGAUGCUCUACCUGCCCCCUCCCCUCGCCGAGGCCAUCGCCAACGCCUUCCAGCCGCGCGCCGUCUACCUCUACCAAUGGGGCACCUACUUCGUCGAGUGCACCGCCAUCCCGCCGCACUUUGCCAUCCUCAUCGAGGGCGUCGAGUUCUGGAUCAACCCGGCCGACCUCAUCUACCGCGACCUCGUCGACCCGCUGACGGGCUACUGCGCCGUUGGCGUCGCCAGCGGCGGGCCGGGGCCGUAUAUUCUCGGCGACGUCUUCUUGCAAAACGUCGUCGCCGUGUUUGACGUCGGAGCCGCCGAGAUGCGCUUCUAUGGGCGCAAGUGA